AUGGCGGUCGACUCCGAGCCAAGACCAACGAAUGCAUCUGUCGCGGAAAAAUCGCAGCAGCUGUACCAAGGAGCCAAGGCAGAGGAUUACCAAAAUGGUACUGAGAAGACCCAUGUCGCCUCCUCUGUCACUAGCGAUGGUUAUUCCGACAUUGAUGGGCUUGCGGACAAAUUUCGCGGCCAUCUUGUCAUCCCUGUCAUCAGCAAGUCUCCAGAGGCUUCUCCAUGGACGGCUCUAGUCCCGGGGAGCACAAUUACAGAAAACGGCAUCUCCGUCGACAACAUCAACGACUGCAUUUCGUCAAAAGAUACCUGGCGCGCCGGUGAUGUCGUGCUGGACGGUCUUACAGUGAGAGCCGUCAUUGGGCCACGCGGUCUUCUCCUCACACAGCAAUCCGACCAGUCGCACCAGAAUACCUCGGUACACCUCGAUGAAAGUGGCUCCUCAGCCAAUGUCUCUUUGAUGGUUCAGCCAGACGGCACAUUGGAGGUGCACAAGACAUGCUCGCACGACGGCAUUGACGAGAACGGGCGGCCCUGGCUGGAGCGCCAGAACAGGUUUCUGGAGACAAGUAUCGCUGUGAAAGAAACUGACAUCUUUGUCAAGCCUCUCAAAUUCACGGCAAAUGACGAAACAUUCUCCAUCGACUUUCCCUACCUGGCCAGCCAGACUCUGGCACAACUCGCCAUGGCAGGCAUGGGGGGCAACUUGCUGCUGGACACGACAAGCGAGCUUCUGGGUGAAAUGGCCCAAAAGGUCUGGCCAAAAACUGCGACGGAGGCGCCAAAGGACUUUAUCGAAAAGGCGCACUUUGAUAGAAUCGACAGACGCGUGGCGAUUGCCCGUGCCGCCGUGCCCGAGCUAGGCGCCAUCAUCGACAGUCGCGAGGUUGUUCUCAACGGCCGAACCCUUCUGGGAUUUCACUCCGUCAUGGAACAGUUGCGCAGCCAUCCCGCCAUUGAAGCCAUUUCUCCAACUUUAAUAGGGGAGAUCCAUGGCGACCUGAAUCUCCACAACAUUCUGUGCUGCGUCGGCCCGUCGGCCAACCGGCCAGUUGCGCUGAUUGAUCCGCGAGGCGUGCACCUGCUCAGCGACUUUGCCAAGACGCGGGACUUUGAGCCUGGCGACUACGCGUACGAGCUUUCUAAGCUAAAGUUUUCGCUCUCGGCGUUUUCCGAGAUACGGCAUGGCUUUUUAAAGCUGCAGGGCCAGGGCACUGACUUUAGGAUAAGCUUCGAUCACCACUCCGGCUCCGACACCAUGAGACAGGCCGACGCGGGCUUCUUUGAUGCGCUGUCAUCAAAAGCGGAAUUUAUGAAAUGGGUCAACAUGGUUGAGCCCGCGGGAUUUGACGCUCUGCGGAAGCGCGUCUUGCUGGGCGAGGCUGCCAACUUUGUUGCCGACGCUGCCUGCGCAUUAGGCCGCGACACUGUGCACGAGGUGAUUCCGCUUUUCCUGAUUGGCUUGGAUAAGCUCAACAGUGUCUUGGCCACUCUAAAUGAUACUAUUUCUGAACACAAGUUGGACGACUGGUUCGCAAGCAGCGGCGAGCAGGACACUACGGCGGGUAUCCGCGCAGUGCAACAGUCGCUGCUCAAGUCUCGCGUCGCGGAGCCUCUGUGGGAUGUGUUGGAGAUUCUAGUGCCAGCCAACCAGAUGGCUACUGCAAGGGAUCUGCUCCCGCGUCUACGAGGUAAAUGUUUCCCCCUGCAUAUGGGCAUUUACAGCUCCUCUCUGCCAAUAUCGGACCUGAAAUUUCCCUGUAUUGUGCUUCAUGGUCUGGCAGAGGAGAAGGGCUCAACAGAUGCGGUACUUUCCGGUAUAUUGCAGGCCAACGCUUUCUUUGACGCUUCUGGGAUAUCGGAGAAGGAAAAAAGUGCGCUGCGAAUCAUCUCUGUACAGGCCACUGGUGAUGAUUCCACCUCGUUCGGGCGACAGGGCAGCAAGCUUUUCGCCCCUGGUCCUUGGGGCGCUUCGCCGCUCGAGCUGGUUCUACUCACUUGCCAACAGUUUCAUUUCGGAAGAGGUGGGCGUUGGAUCGUGGAUGACGCAUCUUGUUUUGUAUUGAGCAAGGAGCUCCAAGCGCCAACCGCCGAUGUUUGCGUACUUACUUGCGCGCCCAACGCAGACGACGUAUUGCGACCUGCUCAAGCUGCAUUGCAAAAGGCCUUGGGUAAGAGUGGCCUUGACGCUUCAUCGACGCAGAACUCUCUUCCAACACCAACUGUGCUGCCGGUCAUGUUCCUCUCGACAGAGGCAGCCAAUGCAUUGACACAGAUUGCCAAGCAAAGCGUGCAAUGCAAAGGAAGCUUACUCACAGAUAUUGUGUUUUCGUCAAAGAUGGACAAGGGCUCGUGGACGGAGCUUUAUAGCGCCAUGGGCUUGGGGGGCGACGUCGCAGCGGCGUGGGAAGCCGCGCAGAAGCUGUCGGCCGCUAUUGAUGCCGAAGCUGAGUUUGUCUCGGGUGGGGACAAGGUGGCCAUCUACAGGUUUGGCUCGCUGGAAGAGUACAAGUCAUUAAUUGAAAAGGCAAAGAGCGACCCUGACAUGAACAGCCUAGCAUUCCUGGCUGCUACUCUAGCUUGGCGGGAGCAGUGGGCGAUUGGCGAGUGA